AUGGAAAUAAACCCUGGUGCACUCUUCCAAGCUGAUAAGGCUGACAAUGAGCGCAGGGUUAAGGCGCCAGGUUCAUUGGUUGGCCUGCGUGGCAUUCCUAUCCUGCUCAAGGAAUAUAUUACAACCAAGGAUAAGUUGAACAGCACGUCUGGCUCUUUUGCACUGCUUGGAUCAGUCGUGCCUCGUGAUGCAGGCGUCGUGGUGAAGUUAAGGAAAGCUGCAGCCAUAAUUUUUGGAAAGGGUAGCUUGAGUGGGUGGUCUGCUUUCUUGUCCGUUAGAACGCCUAGGGGUUUUAGUGCUAGAGAUGGCCAACGAAAGAAUCCUUAUGUUCUAUCAGCAGAUCCUUGUGGAUCAAGUAGUGGGUCAGCAAUAUCAGUAGCAGCGAAUUUGGCCAAGACCUCUUUCUAG